GCCCGGAUGCCUCACAUCUCGUCGCGCGGGCGCUGUCGCCAUGGCUCUGGCGACGGCAGUGAGCAUUCGGAGGGGUCGGCGCUGCAAGCUGGCCGCAACCGGAGACGCCACGGGUACCCCCCUGGAGGCCGUCGUGGUCGGCGCAGGUCCCGCUGGCUUAGCUGCGGCAUUGAUGCUGUCGCAAAGAGGUUGGAAGGUGAAGGUGCUGGAGAAGACACCGGAUCCUGCGAGCUACGACCCAGGCAAAGGCUUCAUGUACCUGAUCGAUGGCCGCGGGCAGAAGUGCUUGCAAGAGCUGAAUCCGGAGCUCUUCACAAAGUUGGUGGAGUCUUCCGUAGGCAUGGCGGAUGCGAAAAUCGGUGUGCUUACACCAAAGGGCCUCACCGAGCGGGUGAAUCCCAUCAAGGAUUCCUCUCGCAAGUCGUACUGGAUUCCACGGCACGCCUUCGUGGGCCUUCUCCUGGAAGAAGCGAAAAAGAAGGAGAACAUCAGCAUCUCAGUGGAGGUGGACAUCGAUGACAUCGUCUUCGACGGGCAGUUCCAUGUGAAGGGCACGUCUUCCGAUGCUGCCCUGGAGGGCCUUGCGGGAUCUUUACUCAUUGGAGCUGACGGCUAUCGCUCGGUCGUACGGGACAAGUUAGAGGCGAUUGAUGGUGCAAAAGGCCACUUUGCCGUGGAUGCUCGGGACUCUCCUUCUGCCGGCCUUCGGUACAAGGUCCUUACACUCCCUGGCGAGUUCAAGUUGGAUACGCCGGCGGGGGAGAAGGAGUUCUCCAGCGAUGGCUUCUAUGCCAUCCGCGGUGUGGCUACCAGCAAGGCCAAGCAAAAGCUCGGCCUCAUCCCCGUCCGAAGUGAGUUCGGCACCAGGACUGCAAACCUCAUAACAUAUGAGGACGAUGUGGUUUGGGAAGCCGACUCCCUGGAGAGUUUCAAGGCCUACGCGCAAGAGCAAUGGCCGCAUUUUCCGCUGGAGGACUUGGUCUCCGAAGAGGAACUUACACGGUUCGCGCAGAAUC